AUGUCAGGAUUUACUCUAGGUUUUUCAUUAUCAUCUUCAAUUUGUUCGGUUUCUACAUUAUUUGAUGGUAAAUGGAUACAAUCAGGAUUAAAUGAUGUGAUAACAAUUAAUAAUACAUCGUUUUCAUUGAAAGGAACAUGUUUACAUGGACAACAAGAUGUAAAAAAUAAAUAUAUAUAUUACAAUGAACAAACAAGAUGUAAACGUUGUAUACUUUUUAUUCCAAGACAUUCAAACGUAUUACAAUAUCGAGAAAGUGAAUGCUUUGAUGCAGAUGAUGAUCAUAAUCGUAUCUGUGGUUCGAUUACACCGGAUACUGUCUUAUACACACUUUUCCGGGACAAUGCACAAUCGAUUCCAUGUCCAUUUGACCAAUCAUGGCAUUUUAAAAAAGAACAUCAAAUGUUAUCCUUAUGUCAACCAAAAGCAUUUCAUAAUUGUUUUUCAAUAGAUACAUUUCAAUUGUCAUAUAAUAAUCGAUGUCAAUCAUAUCAAGAUGAAAUAGCAACAUGUUUUGCUCAAUUUUCUGAUGGAAAUACGAAUUAUAUUAUUUCUCGAAGUGUCAAUCAACAACGAUUUAUUUGUUUUUCUUAUACAAAAAUAAAAACAAAUGAAAAUAAUUCUUUACCAAAUGAAAUUUAUUUAUCUCAAGAUGAAACUUGUAGAGAUUUGUUAACAAGAGAAUCAGCUGUUGUAUUAAAAAUUAUUCCAAAUAAACAUGAUGCAUCAAUAAUUCCAAUGCCAAACUGGACACAAGGAGUUUGGCUUUCUAUAGGAACAAAUAGAGUUUACAUUAAUCAAACUCAACUUAUAAUGAAAACAAAUAAUGAUCCAAUAAUUAAAUAUAAUCUAACAUUUUUACGAAUUAUACAUAGUAAACGUAAACAUGAAAAUACUAUUCGUAUUCGAGCAAAAUCAUUAGAACAAUGUUUAUCAAAAUUCUUUUGCAUUAAAUUAAUUUAUCGUUCUUCAACAGUGAUCGAUCUUUCCAUAGGAUUUGAUGAAUAUCGAUGUAAAGAUUAUCAUAUACAAUAUACUCUGUUUAAACCUACGAUAAAAUCUGAUAUAUCAUGUCCACAAAAUGGUGUUUAUAAAUCGUUGAAUACUUAUCGUUCUUCUCUACCGAUUUCUACAUGUCCAACUGGUCUAUGGACUUUAUCGAUAGGUUGUGAAAGAACAAAUGCAAGUGAAUUAACAUUAUCUUCAUCUUGUUAUCAUGAUAUUGUACCUGAUGUACAAGUUAUUACUUCAGUCAAAGGUACUUGUCUUGCAUCAUGGCGUACAGAUCAUCGAUUUCAACGUACUCUUGUACUUUAUGAUAAAACAAAGGCAUUUUGUUUGAUUCAACCAUUAAAAUCAAUGACAGCUAGUUGGAUUUUAUCUGAAUCAAGUUGUACAAAUAUAGGUUUAUUAUCAAUUCAUGUAGAAAAUAGUUUACGAUAUUCACAUAUGUGUCAACAAAAUAUACGUUCAUUAUUUUCAUCAUCAGUAAAACAAUUACCUUGUUUCCUGUUUUAUAUUCUUAUGCAAGUAUUAAUAAAUG